UUGACCUUACACGAGCAGUCACAUGACCAAAACAGAGUAUUACAAGCAAUGCAAGAGGAAGGAUUUUGUUUGUCAACAUCCUGACAUUUAACUGUACGGAAGACUAACGUACACUAAAUGUAUGCAUCUAGCAUGCAGUUGAUUUAACAUCGACUUCUGUCUGUGUGUAAAUUAGUCUUACUGGAUAAUCCAUCAAGCGCAAUGGCAGCCUUGGGGUGGGGUUGAUCAUUAACCUGCCUGUUGGAUUUAUCGUGUACGGUGAUGAUGCCAGGAAGCAUUUCUCUCUCGGCUCUCCGUGAGUACCUGCAGUAUCUGACCAGCUCAAGCAGCCCGGCCGAGCCAGACCCAAUUCACAACAGCAUGCUCACCUGCCACGGCUCUCAGUCAAGGGUGUCCAAGACCUCAGAGGCCAAAACGGUUCAGGGUCAGCCCAGACCCUCUUCCCAGAAUACCCCUGAGCAUGGAGGCCACCAUCACGUGAGGUGUGGAAAGGACCCAUGUGUUUCUGGUGCCCUCAGAGACCUGCACUGUCCUGUGUGUCUGCAAGUGGCCACCUUCCCUGUGGAGACCAACUGUGGACACCUCUUCUGUGCUCCCUGUCUGAUAUCCUACUGGAAGCACGGCUCCUGGUUAGACGCCAUCAGCUGCCCCCUCUGUCGACAGAAGGUUAGUGUCCUGUGUCACCUCUUCGCUGAGAGCCGCUCGGACUGCCAGCAGCGGGAGGUUCUGAGCCACAUCAAAGACUACAACAAGCGCUACUCUGGGGCCCCUCGCCGGGUAACAGACUACCUGUGUGACACGCCCUUGUUCCUGCACCUGCUGCUGCGAGGCUUGGGGAACAUGGGGGGCCUCGUGUGGCUCUUCCUGCUCAGGGUGGCCGUCUGCUGUUUCGGGGCGGCCGUGUCCCUGGCCUCGCCUCUAGAGGGCACCUCGGGACCCUUCAGUGGAGCGCUGGGGCUCCUGGAUGACCUGGUGGUGGUCUUCCUGCUUCUCAUCUGCGUCAUUAACAUCAACCAGCAGAUGGCGCCAGAUGCUACAGUCAGGAAUCGCACAGCAACACAUGGUGUGCUGACUGGCACCUUAUAGCCUGAGACAAGAAAGACUCACAAACAAGAUUGUUUACUUUCCAUAAGCUAAUGCUGGAUACAGCUCUAUGCAGCGUCCUAACAGGGUUGUGUAUUGAAGUAUAGCACAGUGUGCUUUAUUGACCUGAGGGGUCUAUAUCAGUACAGAAUGAGUGUUUACAUAAUGUGAGGAGCUUGUCAUGUAAGAUUUCCUUGGCUGAUUUUCAUCACAACAGCUCAAGAACCACUGUGUUUGGCAAGUGCAUAGCUUGAAUGAGAUGCGCUAGAUGCAGAGAAAAUGAACUUGAAGAACAAGGGAAAGUGUGUCUGGACUGAAAAUCUAACUUUCUGGCAUUACUCCCCGAGAGCUUAACUCCGGCGGUUUACAGAAACUGUGCCUGGUGCUCCCUCUGUGGAAUGUCCCUGAGCUUACAGUCAGACUACAGAGGGACCCGCUCAAAUCCGUGGCCAAAGCACAGCCCACAAACUAGAUUAAACCAGUCCCACGUGACACUUUUGGGAGUCAACUCAUGCCAUUUAAUGACAUGCAGAGUGUAAUGUUUAAUUGUACCUAUUUCAUCGUAGAAGCAUUUUUAAAUAGGGUCAUGCGGUAAUCCGAUACUGGAGACGGCCCGGUGAAUGUUAAUAAGAAUACCGGUAAAUGUAUUGAUAUUGUAAAUAAGCUGGUACUGACCGAUGUAUCUAUGGGAAAAUGUAUAGUUGUAAUAAAAGUAUUUAUUGUC